AUGCGUCCAUUUAGUUUUGGGGCUAUAGUAUUACUGCUAUUACUUUACAUAAUUUCACGGUUGACACUGUCACAGGCGCAACUACUCAUCGAUGAUGAGGAAGAUGACGAAAGUGUUGAAGAUGAAACACCAGAAGAGAAGGCACAGCGCAAAAGCAUCAAAGAAGACUCCAGUUUAACUGUGGAUAAAUUAAUUACUAAAUAUGGCUACCAGGCGGAAGUACAUCACGUCACCACCGAAGAUGGCUACAUAUUGACCAUGCAUCGUUUGCGCAAACAAGGCGCUCAGCCGUUUUUCUUGCAGCAUGGACUUGUUGACAGCUCGGCCGGCUUUCUUAUAAUGGGUCCAAAUAUCAGUUUGGCAUAUUUACUUUCAAACUACAAUUAUGACGUUUGGUUGGGAAAUGCACGCGGAAAUCGAUACUCACGUAAUCACACAUCCCUUGAUCCUGACAGUGACAAAUUUUGGGAUUUCAGUUGGCAUGAAAUUGGUAUGUAUGAUCUGCCAGCUAUGAUUGAUUAUGUGCUCAAUGCUACUGGUUUCAAGAAAAUCCAAUACGGUGGACAUUCUCAAGGCUGUACGGCAUUUUUUGUUAUGUGUUCCAUGCGACCUGAAUUUAAUAAGAAAGUAAUCAUGAUGCAAGCCAUGGCACCAGCAGUAUAUGUGAGAGAAACUGAUGAACAUCCCUACAUAAGAGCCAUUAAUAUAUAUUUUAAUAGCUUGGUCGGCAGUUCAGUAACAGAAAUGUUUAACAGAGAGUUUCAGUUCCUCUGCCGAAUGACUGAAGAAACUGAGCGGUUAUGCAUUGAAGCUGUAUUUGGCAUUGUUGGACGAAAUUGGGAUGAAUUUAACAGAAAAAUGUUUCCAGUAAUAUUGGGUCAUUAUCCUGCUGGUGUGGCAGCUAAACAAGUUAAACAUUUUAUACAAAUAAUCAAAAGCGGCCGUUUUGCUCCAUAUAGCUACAGUACAAAUAAAAAUCUAGCACUCUAUAGGGAGCAUAUACCACCGCGCUAUAAUCUUAGUCUAGUCACAGUACCUACUUAUGUAUAUUAUUCUAGUAACGAUUUACUAUGUCAUCCAGAGGAUGUAGAAGAAAUGUAUAAAGAUUUAGGCCGACCAAUCGGCAAGUAUCUAGUGUCGCAGAAGUCAUUUAAUCACAUGGAUUUUUUAUGGGCCAUAAAUGUACGCAAAUUGGUCUAUGUACGUAUGCUGCAAGUCUUGGGUAAAGUAAAAAUCAAAAAGGACAAUAAUAGUGUGUAUCCAACUCAACCAAAGUGA